AUGGAAGAGCAGAACCCAGAAGGUCCUGGAGCUGACAAGAGAGCAAGGAAAGGCCCCCGUCCCACCCGAGCUGGGAGUGACUUUGUAUUCUGCGAAAGCCCGUUGCCAGAGAUCCGCAAUCAGCUCACUGCAGUCUCAGAUGUUCAUUGUCAAAGCUUCUGGCAGUUCUGCUACCGUGAGGCCGAUGGUCCCCAAGACGAAACGGAGUAUUGGAUCAGAGGAUGUGGGCUGGAGACCAGUUCCCAGGCGGUGGCCCUGGCUGAAAGCUUCCUCUUGAGUCAAGCAGAGGAAAAGAGGCAGGGAGGACAGAUGUUGGCAUCAUCCGAGGAGAAAGAAGCUACAUUUGCUGAGACGGGAGGAGCUUCCUCAGAGCAAGGGCAGAGGGCGCAGGCCCAGGAGCGUGCCGAAAACGAGGACUCAACAUGCCUAACUGCGACUGGGGCACACUGGCCCGCAAGAGGAGACUUCAAUCCCCCUCAAUUCCGGUUCCUCUCACGGGACUAUGCUGCACCAGCCGCAUUGAAGCUGAGUCCCUUUUCCUUCGAGGAGGUGGCCGUGCAUUUCACCGAGGCAGAGUGGGCCCUGCUGGAUCAGGAACAGAAAGCGCUCUACCGGGAAGUCAUGCAAGAGAACCAUGAGAGCGUGGCCUCUCUGGAAACCAGAAGAGAGACUUUAGCGGAGAAAGGGGACCUCGUCGCAUCCAAAGAAAGGCUGGAGAUUUCCUCCAGAGGAUCCCAAGAGCACAUUUCCUUUCCAGAUGAACUGGCUGACAGUGUAAAUGGGAUCUCUGUCUUUAUUCCAGCACAGGAUGAUCAGAGAACUGAGGAAGGUGAGCAACUUGAUCAGCAGUUGCCAGAUCAAAUUAAACAUGAAGACUUGAAAGAAAAAGUCAGCAAUGGAGGCAGACCGAAGGGAAAGAAAGGAAGUCAUAUGGUUGAGAAGCGAGAUGGAAGACCGCGUAAUGUACAUUAUCUAACGGAGGGGAUAAUGAAGGCAAACAAAGCCAUUGAGUGUGGAAAGUACUUCAUAAAUAAAUCAGGGCUCCUUGUGCACCAAAGAAUACACACAGAGGAGGAACGUUUUGAAUGCUCAGGGUGUGGGAAAGGAUUCAGUGAGAGCAAGAGAGUCCUCAGUCCUAGAGAGGCACGUGUGGGGGGGGGAUUUCCAGCUUCCGCCCUUGCAAAAGCCACAUUUGAAUUUCCCGGGCUGCGGCAUGAAGGCUUGGGAAGGAGUGGGCAGCAAUGGAAAGAAACUCUUGAUGCUUUCUUCACUAUCACCGUGUGGUGGAGGGAAAAGAUCCAUCAUGAGGCCUGUUCAGGAUCCCCAGUGUCCUUUGAAGAGGUGGCCGUGCAUUUCUCCCCGGGGGAGUGGGCCCUCCUACGCCCAGCCCAGAGAGCUCUCUACAAGGAAGUCAUGCUGGAGAAUUAUGGGAACGUGGCCUCUCUGGGACCAGCGAGUGCCAAACCUGACCUCAUGUCCUGGCUGGAAGGAAAAGAAGAGCAUUUCUUAUUGUUCUCGGCUGAAGAGGAGGAAUUGGCAGCCAGGGAUAUGCAGAGAAUUCAGGGAGAGGCAAAAUUUUUUAAAAGCCUGGAGUGUGGGAAGAAGCUCAGUUGGAGUGACAAUGUUACUUCUCAUCAAAGAACUCAUAGAGGGGAGAAACCACAUAACUGCCUGGAUCACGGCAGCAACUUUCAUCAGAGGGGAAGACUGACUUCACAUCAAAGAAGCCACAAAGGGAAGAAACCAUAUAACUACCUCAAAUGCAGGGAAAGCUUCAAACAAAAUGGAAGCUUUAUGUAUUAUAAGAGAAUCCACACAGGACAGAAGCCAAAUACAUGCCUGGAGUCCUUUAGUAGCAAAGGAGGCCUUCCUUACCAUGAAAGAAUCCAUGUAGGGGAGAAGCCUUAUAAAAGUCUAGAGUAUGGGGAAAGCUUUCUACGGAAGGGCACUUUAAAUUUCCAUCGAAAUAGUCACACAGGAGAGAAGCCAUAUAAAUGCCUAGAGUGCGGGAAAGCCCUUUGUCGCAAGAAUAGUCUCACUUACCAUGAAAGAAUUCAUACAGGAGAGAAACCAUAUAGAUGCCUGGAGUGUGGGGAAAGCUUUCUAUGGAAGAAUACUUUAAUUUCCCACCAAAGCAUUCACACGGGAGAAAAGCCGUAUAAAUGCCUUGAGUGUGGGAAAGCUUUUAGUCGUAAGUUAAGCCUCACAUACCAUGACAGAAGUCACAAAGGGGAGAAACCAUAUAAAUGUCUGGAGUGUGGAAAUAGCUUUGUAAGAAAGGAUACACUAUCUUCCCAUCAAAGAAGUCAUACUGGAGAGAAACCAUAUAAAUGCCUGGAGUGUGGGAAAAGUUUUCUACGGAAGUAUACUUUAAUUUCCCACCAAAGAAUUCACAAGAGAGAAAAGCCAUAUCAAUGCCUUGAGUGUGGGAAAGCUUUUCGUCAUAAGUUAAGCCUCACUUACCAUGUCAGAAUUCACAAAGGGGAGAAACCAUAUAAAUGUCUGGAGUGUGGAAAUAGCUUUGUAAGAAAGGAUACACUAACUUCCCAUCAAAGAAGACAUACUGGAGAGAAACCAUAUAAAUGCCUAGAGUGUGGGAAAAGCUUUCUACGGAAGAAUACUUUAAUUUCCCACCAAAGAAUUCACAAGGGAGAAAAGCCAUAUCAAUGCCUUGAGUGUGGGAAAGCUUUUAGUUGUAAGUUAAGCCUCACUUACCAUGACAGAAUUCACAAAGGAGAGAAACCAUAUAAAUGUCUGGAGUGUGGGAAUAGUUUUGUAAGAAAGGAUACACUAACUUCCCAUCAAAGAAGUCAUACAGGAGAGAAACCAUAUAAAUGCCUGGAGUGUGGGGAAAGCUUUUUAUGGAAGAAUACUUUAAUUUCCCACCAAAGAAUUCACAAGGAAGAAAAGCCAUAUCAAUGCCUUGAGUGUGGGAAAGCUUUUCGUCGUAAGUUAAGCCUCACUUACCAUGUCAGAAUUCACAAAGGGGAGAAACCAUAUAAAUGUCUGGAAUGUGGGAAUAGCUUUGUAAGAAAGGACACACUAACUUCCCAUCAAAGAAUUCAUACAGGAGAGAAACCAUAUAAAUGCCUGGAGUGUGGGGAAAGCUUUCUAUGGAAGAAUACUUUAAUUUCCCACCAAAGAAUUCACAAGGGAGAAAAGCCAUAUCAAUGCCUUGAGUGUGGAAAAGCUUUUCGUUGUAAGUUAAGCCUCACUUACCAUGACAGAAUUCACAAAGGGGAGAAACCAUAUAAAUGUCUGGAGUGUGGGAAAGCCUUUUGUCGCAAGAUAAGUCUCACUUACCAUGAAAGAAGUCAUACAGGGGAGAAACCAUAUAACUGUUUGGAGUGUGGGAAAAGCUUUCCAUGGAAGAAUAUUUUAGUUUCCCACCAAAGAAUUCACACGGGAGAAAAGCCAUAUCAAUGCCUUGAGUGUGGGAAAGCUUUUAGUCGUAAGUUAAGCCUCACUUACCAUGACAGAAUUCACAAAGGGGAGAAACCGUAUAAAUGUCUGGAGUGUGGGAAAAGCUUUCAUCAAAAUGGUAAGUUAAUUUCCCAUCAAAGAAGUCACAGAGGAGAAAAGCCAUAUAAAUGUUUGGAGUGUGAAAAGUGCUUUAGUAGUAAAGGGGGCCUUACUCGCCAUGAGAGAAUUCAUACAGGGGAGAAACUAUAUAAUUGUCUGGAAUGUGGGAAAAGCUUUCAGCAGAAAAAUACAUUCACUUCCCAUCAAAGAAUUCACACAGGAGAGAAACCAUAUAAAUGUUUGGAGUGUGGAAAGUGUUUCCGUUACAAAGGAAACCUUACUUCCCAUGAGAGAAUUCACACAGGGGAGAAACCGUAUAAAUGUCUAGAGUGCGGGGAAAGGUUUCUAUGGCAAAAUACUUUAAAUCGCCAUCGAAAAAAUUCACACAUGAGAGAAGCCACAUAAAUGAAUGAGUGUGGGAAUGCUUUAAGUAGCAAGACAAGCCACAUGUACCAUGACAGAUUUCACACGGGGAAAAAUAUAUAAAUAGUGUAGAAGCAGCUUUCGACAGAACAGUAUGUUAGCUUUCCAUUAAAAAAAAUCAUACAAUGGGGAACCCAUAUAGAUGCCUGCAAUGUGGGAAGUGUUUUAGUAGCAAUGGAAGCCUUACAUACUGUGAUAAAUUCAUACAGUGGAGAAACCAUAUAAAUGCUGCAGUGUGGGAAAAUCUUUUGAGGGAAAAAUAUGUUAACAUUUCAUCAAAGAAUUCACAUGGGGAGAACUCGAAUAUAUGCUUGGAGUGUGGAAAAGGCUUUAGUCAUAGAAGCCUUACCGUAAACAAAUUCACACUAGGGAGAGACCAUAUACAUGCCAGGAAGAUGGGGAAAGUUUUACAUGGAAGGAUAGUCUAACUUUCCAUCAAACAAUUCACACAGGAGAAACCAUAUGAAUGAUUGGGGUGUGAAUAAGGCUUUCAAUAGAAGAAUGUUAACAUUCUGUCAACUCACACAGGGGAGAAACCAUAUAAACGCACAGAGUGUGGGAAAUGCUUUAGUUCUAAGAGACUUAGAUGCCAUGAAAGAAUGCACAUUGAGGAGAAAGUGGCAUGGGGAUAGACAUUCCAUCAAAGAAAAGUAGACCGGGAAAUUAGAAAGCAGCCUGAUUUCUGGCAUGAUAGCACUGUCUUAGACAAUUCUGUUUCAGUCGAAAAGAAAGGUUUCUGUCUAGAUAGCUGUAGAAGUGAGCUGUGACUAAGGAAAGCUCAUAUCCUGCCGCAAAUUUAGUCUUCCAGGUGCUCCAGCUCUUUUUAACUGAUGUAGACAGACUUAAGAUGGCUACCCACUGCAUUCUCUCUCAUCCCUAAAUCUAAUAAAAUAAAAUACGUAAGAAUUGUGGGGGGUCUUCCUCUUGUUUUGUGGGACAUUCCCCCAGUUGGGAGCUGCAUACGUGAAUUGUUCUGUGUGUGUUGCUCUCUGUCUCACCCAUUAUCUUUCCACAGAUGAGCAAAGCAGUUGUAAUAGAUCAUAUUGAGAGAAGCAGUCCUGUAGCUCUGUAGACCUUGAGCCCUGAAAGGCUUUGUCAGUAAUACCCUGCGCCUUGAUGUAAACUGGAAAACGGAACAGUCGCCAAUGGAGCAACUCAGAUACGUUUCGUUCUGUGCCUCUCCCCAAAUUCUAAUCAAGCUGCAACAUUCCGUACCAGCUGGAGAUUCUGUCUUCAAGGGUGGACCCAUGUAGAGUAUAUUACAGUAGACGGGCUGCCUGGUUAACUGUGGCUUUGACUUUCAUUGUGUGUAUUGAUUCUAUUCUGAGCAUUACUGCCUCUAAAAUUCCCUGUAUUCUGAGAAUAAUCAAGUAUUAUGCUUCAAUAAACUAUAUACUUAGUUAAA